AUAAUAUUGAUCGUGAGUUUACUUUAUUUUAAUUAAUUAGGUUUCCCACGUUUUAUGAAUUAGUAAAUAAGUAUAAAGAUUCUUUAGCAAAGAACAAUUUCCAGCAUGAAUGGAUAUGUGCAGAUAUAUACUUAAAUAUGCGUAACGGGUAGUCCGUAUGUACAUAUGCAAACAUGUGCAUAUGUACAUGUGUAUGUACAUACUUCUAUAUAUUUACCUGCUUGGGUAUCAAUUAGUGUGCACCUUCUCACGCUAAUAUUUUAUGUACGGUCUCGUUUCGCGAUAAGAUACUGAAUUUCUGUCGUAAUCGCAGUAAGUUCCAGACAUGGAGAAGAAGAGGUUGAUCAGUAAUGGGGGUUCUCCAGUUAUGGAGUCACCAAAACCAGUUAAAUAUUUACUGCGGACAAAAAAUCUUGGAUUUUUAGGCAACGUGGUGGUCGCAGUGCUCAAUUUUUUCGGUUUCAUACUGGAUUUAUUUUCAUGGGGGGAUUCAGCCCAGGCGGAGAGGAGACUUGCAGCCUCGAAAAGAAUUAAGGCUGACGUAGUUUCCAAAACCAAGGGUUCUAUUACAUUUCGUUCUAACCAAGAGAAACGGGCCAUUCACAAAGAAUUGGACAGUUUAAAUAUCGACACGAUGCAUAAGAUUUUGUCCUUGGCGAUAAGUAAAAACGGAUCAAAACGCUGCUUAGGAACGAGGCAAUUAUUAAGCGAAGAAGAACAUAUUCAGCCAGACGGAAAGUCGCUCAAAAAGCUAGAGCUCGGCUCAUAUAAUUGGCACACUUACGCGGAAGUCGACCAUAUCGCGAAAUCAUUGUCCUUAGGCUUGACAAAUUUCGGAUUAGUGCCACACGGAAAAAUUUGCAUUUUUGCAGAAACAAGAGCAGAAUGGCUUAUCGCUGCUAUAGCAGCGUUUAAAAAUUCUUACCAAGUUGUCACGUUGUACGCCACGUUGGGCGAGGAGGCGGUCAUCCACGCCUUAAACGAGACGGAAUGUCCCGUCGUGCUCACGUCGGAAGAGUUGCUGCCCAAAUUUAGGACGAUCUUGGAGCAGACGCCUCACAUCAAGCAUGUCAUUUUCAUGGAGCAUCAAACCAAGGUGACGAACACUUUCGGUUACAAUAGCCAAGUAGGAAUCCAUCCGUUCAAGAACGUCGUUGAAAUGGGAACGCGACUUGUAAUUAGUGGAACAAGUAAAGAGCUCCGGCCCCCCGAACCGGAUGACGUUGCUAUCAUCAUGUACACUUCCGGCUCGACAGGGGCACCGAAGGGGGUGUUGCUCUCGCAUAGAAAUAUCGCUUCUGCACUUUAUGGAAUUACGGAUGCCUUAGGCGAACCAAGUGACGAUGAUUGCUAUGUCGCCUACCUCCCACUUGCCCACGUGCUCGAGUUGAUCUCUGAGUCAAUCUGUUUCUUCAACGGUGUUCCAAUCGGCUACUCUUCUCCGCUCACACUAACGGACAAAUCGCCCAAAAUCAAAGCCGGUGGUACCGGCGACGCCGGAAUUCUCCAGCCUAGCAUCAUGGUUGCCGUGCCGUUCGCGUUGGACCGGAUUUACAAAAUGAUUUUGGAUCAGGUCAACGAGGGGAGUGCAAUUAAACAGGCCGUGUUCUACUGGGCGUACGAUUACAAGUUGAGGUGGUACUAUAAGGGAUACUCCUGUCCAAAAGUGGACUCCGUAAUUAUGCAGAAAACCCGACAAAUUUUGGGGGGACGGGUGAAAAUUAUGGUUUGUGGAGGGGCACCGUUAUCUCGUGAAACGCAAGAAUUUAUCAAAAAUUGUCUCUGCAUUCCAUUCCUUGGUCAAGGAUAUGGACUAACGGAAACUUGCGCUGGGGGUGCCUGUUCAACAGUCGAGGACAUGUCCGUGGGCCGGAUUGGUCCUCCAUUUCGGUGCUGUGAUGUCCGCCUGAUCGACUGGGAUGAGGGGAAUUACUCCGUCGAGGACCAGCCCUUCCCCAGGGGGGAAAUCUGCAUCGGGGGAAAUAAUGUGGCGUUGGGGUAUCUCAACCAGGAUGUUGCCACCCGGGAAGAUUUUUUCGAGCAGGACGGCACGAAAUGGUUCCGAACCGGAGAUAUCGGGCAGGUCGAGUGGGACGGGAGUUUCCGCAUAAUUGACAGGAAAAAGGACUUGGUAAAAUUACAAAUGGGCGAAUACCUAAGUCUCGGGAAGAUUGAGUCAAUCCUAAAAACGUGCCAGUACAUUGAUAAUGUUUGCCUUGUUGGAGAUUCGUCGAAAAACGUGUGCGUCGCGUUGAUAGUUCCGAACGAAAAACAGAUGAUGGACGCUGCCUUACGCCUCGACAAAUCCAACAUUACUUGGGAGCAGAUGUGUUGCGACGGGCAAAUUGAAGCUUUCUACCUGCAAGAAAUUCAAAAUUUUUGCAAAAUCGCGAAACUCCACCGGUUCGAAGUUCCUGCCGCGAUUAAAAUUUGUUCGGAAAUAUGGACCCCUGACACCGGAAUGGUCACGACUACGUUUAAACUGAGGAGACGAACGGUGGUAGAGAGAUAUAAAGCGGAAAUUAAUCUUAUGUAUGCACGACUGAAAUAAAUUAAUGUUUUAGUGUGAAAUUUAAUAUUGUAGAAUACAUAAAUGCGAGAUUUUGUUGGCAUGGAAAUGAAUAAAUUUCUUGUUGCAAGUGUUACCACA